UACUAAAAGCACAUGGCGGACUGACAGCAUCCGCUUUCUGUCUCUUUUGGAACAAAAAUCCACCAAACAUGGGUCGUAUGCACGCUCCUGGCAAGGGUAUAUCCCAAUCAGCGCUCCCCUACCGUCGAUCGGUGCCCUCAUGGCUCAAGCUCACUGCUGAUGAUGUGAAGGAUCAAAUUAAACGGCUGGGCAAGAAGGGAAUGACUCCCUCACAAAUUGGCAUCAUUCUUCGAGAUUCUCAUGGAGUGGCUCAAGUGAGAUUCGUCAAUGGAAAUAAAAUCCUGCGAAUCAUGAAGUCAGUGGGAUUGAAACCAGACAUCCCUGAGGAUCUCUAUUACCUCAUCAAGAAGGCCGUAGCCAUCAGGAAGCAUUUGGAGAGGAAUCGUAAGGACAAGGACAGUAAAUUCCGUCUGAUUCUUGUGGAGUCACGAAUCCACCGUCUGGCCCGUUUUUACAAGACCAGAGGUGUUCUGCCCCCAAACUGGAAAUACGAAUCCAGUACAGCUUCUGCCCUUGUGGCUUAAAUUGAUAAUCCGAAAAUACAGUUUUAAUCGGAA